GGGCCAUGGUGAUUCCUGCUGACGCCUGUGGCCAGCUUUGCAUCGACGACUCCGGUUGCACCAAGAGCUGCGACUACUGCCACCCUAAGACCAUGACUUGUGUUGCUACUCGUCGUGCUCGUGAUGUUGAUAACGCUCUUGAUAACGUUCCUGGUCUUUCUGUGGCUGAUAUCUUUGAUACUGCUGUUUCUGCCAUUCCCACUUCCGUGUCUGUCAACCAGUUGAAUGGAGAUGGCGAUGUUUCCAAGUGUGGCAAGACAUGUGGUGCGGACAAGGACUGCGGUGGUGACUGUGGCCAGUGCCGUCGUUCUCAGGCUUUGGGCUUCCUUGCCUGUUUCCCUCGCAACCGGCCUCGUGACGUUGACAACACCGACUCUUGGGAGGGAUCUGGCUCUUGGGAGGGAACCGGCUCUUGGGAGGGAACCGGCUCUUGGGAGGGAACCGGCUCUUGGGAAGGUAACCACCCUCGUGGCACCGACUCUUGGGAGGGCACUGGCUCUUGGGAGACCAACAACCGUCGUGACACCGACUCUUGGGAAGGGUCUGGCUCUUGGGAGGGCACUGACUCCUGGGAGGGCAACCACCGUCGUACUGACAACUCUUGGGAAGGAUCUGGCUCUUGGGAGAACACUGGCUCCUGGGAGGGCAACCAUCCUCGUGACACCGACUCUUGGGAAGGAUCUGGUUCUUGGGAGAACACCGGCUCUUGGGAGGGCAACCACCGUCGCACCGACAACUCCUGGGAGGGAACUGGCUCUUGGGAGGGCACUGGUUCCUGGGAAGGUAACCACCCUCGUGCUGAUGACUCCUGGGAGAACACUGGUUCCUGGGAAAACACUGGCUCUUGGGAGGGCAACCACUAAAGGAGGUAGCUUGAAUAGUUAGAACUUCCAACUCUUCGGAGGGAACAUAUGCAGUUUAGGAAGGGCGGCACUCGAGGGUAGCUAGCUAUGAUUAGUACUACUGCUUACAUAC